AUGUCCAAGUAUGAAAGAUUUGAAAUGCAGCCUAAGGAAACCAUUCAAGAGAUGCUAACCCGUUUUACUAACAUCAUAAAUGAGUUGGUUUCCCUUGGUAGACAGAUUCCUACAGAUGAGCAGGUUAGGAAGAUUCUUAGAAGUCUUCCACAAGAUGAGAGGUGGAGAGCUAAGGUGACAGCCCUUCAGGAAACGAAGGACUUUACCAAGUUCAAUAUUGAACAACUAGCAGGUUCUCUCAUGACUCAUGAGCUACACCUUGGAGUCAACAAUGAACCCAUGGGGAACAAGGGAUUGGCUCUUAAGGCGGAUGAGGAGGAAGACUCAGAAGUGGACGAGGAUGAGGCUGCCCUAAUUGUGCAAAGAUUCAAAAAGAUGUUCAAGAAAGGCCGAACCUCAAGGAACUUCGGGAAAAAGACCUCAAAUCCAAAGCCUGAUUACAGCUGCCACAAGUGUGGAUCCCCAGAUCACUUUAUCAGAGACUGUUCCCUUUGGGAAAAAUUCAGCAAAGCAAACUAUCAGAAGUCAGACAUGAGGAAGGCCAUGAUAGCAGCCUGGGGAGACUCAGAGAGUGAAGAAGAAGAUGAUGACCAGCCAAAAGAGGAGACGGCCAAUCUUUGUUUGAUGGCCAAAUCAGAUGAUGAAAAAUCUUACCUUGAGGAACUCCAGAAAGAGGUAUUUCUUGAUCCUAAACAGCUUAAAACUCUCUAUAAAGAUGUCUUAAUAGAUAUAUGUCUUGAAGAAGAAGAAUUCUUUAGAGAUACAUGUGUAAAGUUGAACAAAUGUGAAAAAGCUCUUAAGGUUUGCAAAGAACAUGGUGCUUGGUUGGAAACAACCUAUGCCAAGUCUCAAAGAAAAUUAAGAGAGCUUGAUUUUAAAUACAAACACAUAACUAAGAUAGCUGAUAGGAUUAAGAAUGAAAGUAUUCUUCUGAAUGUUGAAUUAACUCAGUAUAAGCUCAUACAUUCUGAUAUCAGUUCUAGCAGUUCCUCAAGCAAUCAGUUGCUUAAAUUCAAUGUUGAUUUUGAAAAUUUGAAAAAUGAGCUUUCUACUUUAAAAACUCAAAAGGAUCAACUUGAAUCUGAACUGAAUGCUAGAAAGGAUAGAUUUAUUGACCCAAAAGUUAUACCUAAGUGGAUAGCUGAAGCUCAAGGAAAAAGAAUUGAAGGCCUUGGCUAUAUGACCAAGAGGAAAGGUGAUAAAUCAAAAUUCCUCUCACUAGAAGACUACCCUGGAGGAACAGUAACCUUUGAAGAUAAUAAGAAGGGAAAGAUCAUUGGAAAAGGCAAAAUUGGUAGAUCAAAAUCUCAUUCCAUUGAUAACGUGUUCCUGGUCGAGGGCUUAAUGCACAAUUUGCUCAGUAUAUCACAAUUUUGUGACAAAGGAAACUCUGUAAGUUUUACUUCUGAUUCUUAUAACAUCAUCAACAACAAGUCAGGAAAGGUAGUUCUAGAAGGAACAAGAAGAGGGAACACUUAUACAGUUGACCUCAACUUAAUCCCAAGGAACAACCUUACAUGUCUGAGUGUUGUUGAAGAUGAUCCCCUGCUAUGGCAUAAACGUUUUGGACAUGCUAGCUUUUCAAUACUGGACAAGCUAAGGUCAAGGAACUUGGUUGUGGGACUUCCUAUUAUCAAGUUCCUACAGAACAAAGUUUGUGAUGCAUGUAUGAAAGGCAAGCAUGUUCGCUCAUCUUUUAAAUUGAAGAAAAUGGUGAGCACUACAAAGCCUUUGGAAUUAAUCCAUAUGGAUUUUAAAGAUGAAACUUUUAACGAGUUUGUUGCCUUUGCCAAGAAAAUACAGAAAAUCAGUGGUCACUCCAUAGUCCAUCUCAGAUCAGAUCACGGAACUGAAUUUGAGAACUCAAGAUUCAAUGAGUUUUGCAGGGAAAAUGGCAUGAAUCAUAACUUCUCAGCUCCAAGGACUCCCCAACAGAAAGGAGUUGUAGAAAGGAAGAAUCGAACCCUUGAGGAAAUGGCUAGAACGAUGCUGAUUGCAAGUGGAUUGCCAAGGAACUUCUGGGCUGAAGCCGUGAAUACAGCAUGUUACAUCCUUAACAGGAAAAACCUAGGGAAAUUUGAUGAAAGAAGUGAGGAGGCCAUAUUUCUAGGAUAUGCCUCUGAUAGCAAAGCUUAUAGAGUUUACAAUAAAAGCUCAAUGUAUCGAGGUUCCCAUCCAACUGAUCUAAUUAUCAGUGAUAUAGGAAAAGGAACUCAAACAAGAUCACAAAUGAGGAACUACUGCACAUUCCAUGCAUUUCUGUCCAUUCUAGAACCAAGAAAUCAUCAAGAAGCCUUGGGAGAUGCUGAUUGGAUAGUGGCCAUGCAAGAGGAACUCAAUGAGUUUGAAAGGAACAAGGUCUGGCACCUUGAGCCAAAGCCUAAGGGAAAGAAAAUAAUUGGGCUCAAAUGGGUGUUCAGGAACAAGCUUGAUGAACAUGGCACCAUAGUAAGGAACAAGGCUAGAUUGGUUGUGAAGGGCUACAACCAACAGGAAGGUAUUGAUUUCGAUGAAACCUUUGCUCCUGUGUUUGUUGAACAACCUCCAGGUUUCAAAAUUCCUAAAUUUCCAAAUCAUGUUUUUAAGCUUGAUAAAGCUCUCUACGGGAUUAAACAAGCUCCAAGAGCCUGGUGUACAGAUCUGUGUAGAUGA